UCCGAGCUGUGGCUGGUGCUUGUGUUCCCAUCCUGCCUACGCACCCAGCCAUGCACAGACUCCUCCUGGCGCUGCUCCUCGGGGUUCUGUGGUCUGAGAUGAGGCUGGAGAGCGAAGCCAGGAUGCCGCCAUACAGCGUAAAACUGUGCGGCCGGGAGUUCAUCCGUGCUGUCAUUUUCACAUGCGGAGGAUCCCGGUGGAGACGGUCAGGAGAUCUCGGAGGCCUUCCCGGAGGCGAUUCCUCAGAAGCCUUUGUCACAACUUCUUCCUCCAACGAAUGGGACUCAAUCCACGUCCCCGCAAAGGACGCUUCGGAUUAUUUUGGGAGCUGGAGAGGCCGCAGUCCCUCGGAAGAGACCUGGGCCUUGGACCGUGGCGCUCGCGACGUGAUGGCCGGGCUCAGCAACGCCUGCUGCAAAUGGGGGUGCAGCAAGAGCGAAAUCAGCUCCCUGUGCUAGGGGGCACGUUUGUGCGUGUGUCUGUGUGUGUGUGACAAAAAGGAAGUGUUUGCAAAAUAUCCUUGUGCUUAGACCAGGGGUCCCCAACAUAGCGCCCUUUAAAAAAAUGGAUGGGGCCAGGUGUGGCAGUGGUUAAGCAGGGGUGUAGUGGUUAAGAGCAGGUGCACUCUAAUCUGGAGAACCGGGUUUGAUUCCCCGCUCUGCCAUUUGAGCUGUGGAGGCUUAUCUGGGGAAC